AUGUCUCCAGUCCCAACAGUAAUCAUUCGUACAGUUGAACCAGCAACGUUCUAUGCCGGUGUAAAGAAAAGACCUGGUCCUAGGAAGAGACCAAUUUCGGAAAAAGCUCUUGCACCACCACGCCCUAUCCAAACUCUCCACCGGUCCUACACUGUCAAGUUUAAACUCCGUGUUCUUUCAUACUGGCAUCAUACUCGGUUACCAAUUGGGCCUACACAAACCCGGCAACCUAGUCGAUCGGAGGUAUCACGGCGAUUUAAAAUACCACUUUCAAACUUGACAAGAUGGAAAGCCAACGAGGUCCUGCUCACCAAGAGCGGAAAUGAUAUGCGUAGUAUUCGGAAUAGUCAACCUCGAAAAUGGGUAGAUAUGGAAAGAGCUCUCUACACGCGUUUUAUAGAACGUCGAAAGAUUGGCAAGAUUGUACGUCGCAGUUGGUUUAGAAAGAAUGCUAAAGAAAUUCUGGAAAGAAUUAAUCACAACAUACCCGAGCCCUUCCGAUUCUCCAACUCGUGGUUUCAAAAUUUCCUGUCCUGGCAUAAUAUCUCGCUUCGGUUUGGUACCAACAAGGCUAGCAAAAUACCAACGGACUAUCUCGAUACCAUCGUCAACUGGCUACAGUACACACGCGCUAAUUCCGAGGUACGACCUGAUAAUCAGUUUGGCGCUGGAGAUUCUGUAGAGGCAGUUGGGAGAUACAGAUUGAGAAAUAUUUGUAAUAUGGAUCAAACACCAAUCCCUUUUGAAUUUCUUACUGGGCAGACAUACAACACCGUUGGGGAGGACACGGUUUGGAUUAAAUCCUCUAAGCAGAAUGGCUUAGAUAAACGGCAAGCGACACUACAGUUAACUGUUUUUGCUGAUGCGGUACCUCGUGUUCAACCUCUAAUUUUUUUCCGGGGCCAGGGGGUUGGUGGUAGUAUAAUUGCAGAAUCACGACAUUACCACCCUCGCGUUGUGGUCAAAUUCAAUCCUACUGCUUAUGCCAACUCAGAAAACAUUCUCGAAUGGAUAGAUGAACAAUUAGUUCCUGCGCUAGAAGGUCAACCUGCUUUACUCGCCCUUAAUCUAUUUGGGGGGCAUAAGACAGAAGACGUCUUGGAUACUUUUUUAGCCCAUGACAUCACUGUAUCUGUCAUUCCCGGUGGCUGCACAAGCUUAGUUCAACCAUUAGAUGUGUCUAUUAAUCGACCCUUUAAAGAUGUUUUUAGGGAGGUCCUGGAGGACCGGCUUGAAGAGAUGGACAGGAACGAUGCAGCUGGAAGAAGACUAAGUAACAGUCUAAUUGGUAGAAGGAGAAUUGCGACAACAUGGGCCGUAGGAGAGGCUUGGGAGCGGUUUGGCACUGAAAAGGCACAUGUAAUUAUCAAGUCAUUUCGCACUGUUGGGCUUGCUCUACCUAUUGAUGGGAGUGCCGACUCUACAGAAAUAUCUAUCAAGGGUUUAGACACAGCGGAGUUGGCUGAAAGAUUAAGAAAUCUCAGACCAAAUCCACUGAUAGAUGGUCUGCAAGUAAUUGGGGAACAGGAUGACGAGAACGAAGCUGUGGAGUUGGUAGCGGGGCAUCUAAGGCAUGCUCUAAUCUAA